UUCGCUUGCGAAAUACGAUUUGUAGUUAUGUAAUACAUAUUACUAGCGGCAACAACAUUGAUAAAGACCGAAGCUGUAUAAUCCGAGCAUAUGUUUGUCACUUCAAUUAAUCGCCUAUGUGAUGCAAAAAUAGAGCGCGAUUAAAUAAAAUAGAAUAAGAAAUCAGAAGCGUAUAGCAUUUAUUGAAGCGUGGGUCGAGUGCAUGUUUGUAUUCUGUCUCAGAAUUCAGAGAUUCAAACGAGCAUCCUGAGUGGUUUUCCCAUAUUACCAUCGCUAUAUAUACAUAAUUGCGACAAAUAUAACUACGCAUGCGUACACAUUCUAUAUUUCUUAUAGGUAGUUUCGUUUUCCAUGUAAUGACCCAAUAAACUGUUAUUAGAUAAGGUAAAUAAAGAAAUAAUUAAAAAGUGGUUCACUAAAGUGGUUUGUCACGCAACUAGGAAGAAGAUUACACUUUGUUAAAAAAAUAUGUAUCUAGAGUGAAAUAUGGAAAAAUGUGUAUCUUUACAAAAACUUAUUAGAAUUAUCUAUGACUUGAAACUAAAUCGUCAAUUCGACGAAAAUGAAAAAACUAUUUUGUAUCGUUCCUCAAUAUAAAAUAUUCAUUACUCUUCCCUGAUUACUCCGACUUUAUUUUUUUUUGUUUUGACUUUAUGAAUUUUGAUUACGUAUAAUAGGCACGCCAGAGCUGCAGAGUGGCAGAAGCGUUACGAGCAUCGAAACUUACGUUAACUAUCUCUGCGCAUUACUAAUUUCGAGCUACUGUUAGAGUUGACCUAUCAUUCCCCGAAUAACAUACUUGACAACAUCGUUUCUGUGUAUCGUUGCUGUGUUAAAAAAAUGUCACUUACGUUUCUUGCGCUUUUCGCAGGCGCGUUUUCGCUGCUUUGCUUUUACCUGUAUCAGAAGCACAACUAUUGGAAGAGAAACGGAAUUCCAACGAUCAAAGGAUGUGUCCCACUUCUGGGCCACAUGUUACCUAUAAUAACGAAACGAAUGAAUUUCGCCGAAUUCAUUCGUCUGGCCUACGAGGAGUACGAGGAUCACAGCAUGGUCGGUAUCUACAAAGGAACGAGGCCAGUGUUAAUCGUUCGGGAUCCUAAUCUGGUAAAAAUCGUGCUGCAAAGUAAUUUCUCCAACUUUCACAAGAACGGGCGUAAAGUUGUAUCAGAGGCGGAUCCUCUUUUAUCUAAACAUCCGUUGUUUAGUUACGGAGACACAUGGUCGGUAGGUAGGAAGCGUUUGAUCUACGCGUUUUCCAACGUGAGAUUGAAGAUUCUCUUCGCAGUUAUCAGCGAAGUGUGUAAAAAGUUCGAUCAUUUCCUGAACAGGCGACUAAAAACGAGCACUAAGUACGAAGUCGACCUGAAAUCGUUAUUCUCGAGGUACACCUGCGAGGUUGUGGCGAACACUUUAGGCAUCGAGGGAUUCUGUUUCGAAGAUAACGCUGAAGUCAAGCCGCUUCAUGAACUUAACGGAAACACGUUCGAGGAAUCGUUGGAAACCAUAAUCACGUUCCAUUAUCCGAGUAUCAAUCGUCUGCUGAAGUUUAGUUUCCUGCCUGAAUCAAUGGAGAGAUUUUUCCGGAAGGUCGUGUACGAAAAUUUAAAAAUCAGGAGAAACGACUCAACACCUAGGAACGAUUUCCUUCAAUGGAUGAUCGACUUGGAGACGACCGGGGGUGUGAUCGACGAAGAGAAUGUAUCGGCACAUGCAGCUUCCUUAUAUUUGGACGGAACGGAGACGACCAGUAUUACGCUGAAUUUCAUUGGUCAUGACUUGGCUGCUAAUUCGGAGAUUCAAAAGAAACUGAGAAAGGAAGUGAAGUCGACGAUCGAGAAGCACGGCGGUUUGACGUUCGAAGCAUUAAACGACAUGACGUAUAUGAACCAAGUGAUUAACGAGUCUCAAAGACUUCACUCGGCUGUUGGUUUCUUGCAAAAAAUGUGCACCGAGGAAUUCGAGCUGCAAGGGUCGGAUGGACUAACCUAUCGCAUAAAACCGGGUAUCGAAGUGGACAUAUCCAUUUUCGGUCUGCAUACUGAUCCAAAGUACUGGGUCAAUCCGCAUGUUUUCGACCCAGAACGGUUUAACAACGUGAGGAAACAAACUAUAGAAAAAAUGACGUUCAUUCCAUUCAGCGUAGGACCGAGAAUCUGCGCUGGAAUGAGAAUGACAAUGCUGCAGACAAAGACUUGUUUGGCUAUUUUGCUGAGCAACUAUAAAUUGGAAUUGUCACCGAGAACGGAGGUUCCGCUGAAGAUAUCGCCGCAUUACUUUUUAUCGGAGCCGAUUGGUGGAAACUGGGUGUACAUCUCUAAGCUUUGAAAAA